AUGGCAGACAAUUUAUCUAAUGCAUACGACUCAGUUAGUCCGACGGAUGCUGCGCCAGUGGAUCUAUCGACAGAGCCCGUCUAUUGGUUCCAAGACACGGCAGAUGGUGUGCCUCGUUGUCAAAUGUGCAUACGAAAAGGACAUUCCGAAGAGGAGUGCCCUUCAAGAAUGUGCAGACAUUGCCGGGCGCCGAACGAGCACUUCUCAAGCGCGUGUCCAACGCGGAGGAGAUGUGCGAAAUGCCACCAAGCGGGCCAUGCCAAAGAUGAGUGUUCCACCACCUCAUCUAUCUCCGCCAAAGUUCUCCCAUGCGAUCUCUGCCAGCGUCAAGGCCACACCGAAGAGCAAUGCUCCCUCCUAUGGCGUACAUUCUUCCCUGAGAAUCUGAGCGACGUGAAGAAGGUCGGCCGCCUCAUAAUCAGCUGCUACUAUUGUGGCGCGUCAAGCCACUGGGGUGAUGAUUGU